AUGCUUUGGAGCUUUUAACUGAAUCAAAGAGAGAAAUCCAGACUAAACCAGAGCCCGAAAGAAGAGAAGUAGAGGCAAGAGGGACUCAGUGCCAAUGCAGCAACAAAAAAGACAACCAGAAUUAGUGGAAGGAAAUCUUCCUGUUUUUGUAUUUCCUACUGAGUUGAUAUUUUAUGCAGAUGACCAGUCAACACACAAACAGGUGUUGACACUGUAUAACCCCUAUGAAUUUGCCCUAAAGUUCAAAGUUUUAUGCACUACUCCCAAUAAGUAUGUUGUCGUUGAUGCUGCGGGGGCAGUGAAGCCUCAGUGCUGUGUGGAUAUCGUAAUUCGUCACAGAGAUGUUCGAUCCUGCCACUAUGAUGUAAUAGACAAAUUCCGUCUCCAAGUUUCUGAGCAAAGCCAGCGAAAAGCUUUAGGACGGAAAGAGAUUAUUGCUACCCUCCUUCCAUCUGCCAAAGAACAACGAAAGGAAGUGGAGGAAAAGAGAAUAAAGGAACAUUUGACAGAAAGUGUCUUUUUAAAAGAGCAGAUGCUCUAUCAAACAGGAAUUCAUGGGUCCCCAUUUGAGAAAGUUGAAAGGCAGCCUUGGAGUCAGGAAGACUUGAGUUCAAGCCCCACUUCUGAUACACACUGCAGUGUGACCGUAGAAAACAGGAAUGUCUCAUCAGGACCUAGUUUAUUAACUGUUUUCCUGGGAAUAGUGUGCAUUGCAGCUCUGAUGCUACCCACCUUGGGAGAAGUGGAAUCUCUAGUGCCUCUCUACUUCCAUUUAAGUGUGAAUCAGAAAUUAGUAGCUGCUUAUGUUUUAGGCCUUAUCACAAUGGUUAUACUUAGAAUAUGAGCAAGGACGAAAAAUGGCUUUGGAACAACUUGACCUUCCCCUCAUUGUGACUGUGGACUGCCUUCAAUUCUCAUUUGACUCAUUACUUCGUGACAGAAAACUAUUGGUGAUUCAACAUACUUGCAAAAGUGUAA